GAUGGCUGCCUUUAUUGUCCUUUAGAAAUCGACCCGGCCUUAUUGUUUGUACCAUUAUUUAUUAUAGGUUUGGUCCUAAAUACCGUGUUUUGAUGUUGUACAUGUUUCUGGGAUUAAUGUAAAGUACCCAGUGGCCAACAAAAAACGAAUGGGAUUAGAAAAUUCCCCAAUCUCUGUGUAGUUCUCUUUUUUAGAGGUCAGCUUUUCACUGGCAAGAGGUGUCUGACAUUGCUGGGAGGCGAAAUAGUAAUUGGAAAUUGUAAAUUGUUUUUAUACAUGUACAAUUAAUUGCCUACUGGUACUGAAGGAUAUGAUCUCCAUUCAUGGGAUCAUAAUAAAAGUAAAUUGACUAGGACCACACAGUAGAAAAAAAACAAAACAGAACCGCAUACAAUUUUAAAAACAACAGUAGAUUUGCAAUAUAUGAAUAACCAUUACAUUUGACAAACAAAAAAACAGUGAUACAAAUCAGCCUCCUCAAAAAUGUCACAAAGUGGAAAUUCCUUUCAUCAAUGUGUUGUGUGUGAAGAAAUGUUUGUGGUUUAUACAGAGUUUGUCGAACAUUGUAAGCAACAUAUCAAACUUGAACAAACUGAUGACCACAGUGUUGGGUCAAAUAUGUUUGAUGAUCUUGGAAAUUCCAAGAAUCAAACAGCUGCUAGUUUAAAUAAAUUGGAUCACAAUAGCAAAGCGCCAGGAAAUGGAACAGAAAGACAUAAUGUUGCCUCUGUUCCUAGUAGUUCUCGAAAUCAACUUAUUAAGUCGUCAAUGGAAACAGAUGAUAAUAGUACUGAAAAACCCGUUGUAGAGUUAGAUAACGCUGAGGACAGUAAAUCUAUCAAAAUUCACCCAACUGCUGAUGCUGGGGGUAAUUUAAAAAUAAAGAUACCCCCACUAGUGGAUGCAAGAGGUAAACCAAUGACAAUUCCUCCUAUAGCCAAUUCUGAGGAUAAUGAAACCAUGGAAAUUCCACCAAUAGCUGAGGUGGAUGAAUCAGUAAAACAUCCAGGAACGUCUACUUCGGAGGCUGAUGACAUGGAUAAAGCAUUUGUUUGUGGAGUCUGUAACAAAUCAUUCAUGAAGAAAAAUUAUCUCAAAGCUCACAUGAAAGUACACUCAGGCCAACGGCCAUUCAAGUGUCACAUCUGUCCUAAAGCUUUCACAGAGAAUAGCAAUCUACAGAAACACCUGAUUAUUCAUUCAGGGUCACGACCUUUCACCUGUGAACUUUGUGGUAAAUCAUUCAGUGCUAAUAGUACUUUACAGAAACACACUAGAACUCAUACGGAUGAGAGACCGUAUCCUUGCACGGGUUGUGACAAGGCUUUUCGCGAUUCUGGGUCAUUGUUUAAACACAGUCGCAUCCACACCGGUGAAAAACCUUAUAUCUGUACAAUCUGCGAUAAAGCGUUCGGCUACAGUUUCAGUCUACAGAAACAUAUCAAAAUGCACAAUGGCGAGAAAUCAUUUCGCUGCGAUCUGUGUAGCAAGUCGUUUAGCUGCAGCAGCCAUCUUAAAACUCACAUCCGCCGACAUACUGGAGAGAAACCGUUCAAAUGUGACAUUUGUGGAAAAUGUUUUAUACAGAAAUGUGGUUUACAGAAUCACGAGCGAACACAUACCGGGGAAAAACCAUACAUGUGUGAAAUCUGUUACAAGUCAUUUAGUCAACAAAGUAAUUUAAAAGCUCAUAUGAACAGAUGCAGUGGUGUGAUCAAGGCCUCACCAAAUACUGGUAGAUCUUCCGGUACUCUCCCCCAUACCACAGGUUCACUGGGGGAUACUGUCCCCAACACCAUUGGCUCACAUGGGGGUACUGUCCCUCAUACCACAGGAUCACCGGGGGUACAUGAUUAAACAUCCUCUUUGUUAACUAUUCUGUAAAUGUUGAUGACAUGUUGAACUAGAAUGAACAAGCACAUAAUUGCACAAGCACAUUAUUGAACAAUCUCAUUCCCUGCCACAUUUGUUCAAUGAAAUGGGAGGGUUGGAUGGCCGAAUCGUUGUACCAUAGGUCUGUAUCAUUGAGUCAACUGGCGUGGAUUCGAUUCCCAGUUGUACUGUGACAAGGAGUAGGGUCACCUGUCCAACCUCUGGUUUCCUCUCACUGCUAAAGACCCCUACACGCACGCAAAUUAUUGAAAUAAAAUUGAACCAAGUGUUGGUCCCGGAAUGACCUUGUUUUGCCAAGUGGACGUUAAACCCCAUUUUUCUCUCGCUCUCUCUCUCAAUCAAAUGGUAUAUCAUGACUCUCCAUAUCCAUACUCCUUGCAGUGUUUCGUUUGAUUGGACCUAAUGGCACUCAAACACUGCUGUAAUGAAAGCAAAUUUCUGUUCCAAGUUAUGACUGUUACUUCAUGACACAUGAAAUUAGCAGAAUAUUGCAGAAAAACUAAUUGCGUGACAAUGUUUACAAACCAUAUUGCUUGGAGACGAACAAUACUUUCCCCGUUUUUAAUAUCUUAAAUCACUGUCCAAAGUAGGGAAGACCCCAGAUUAAACACAAGGGCUGUGAUGUUGCUGUACUUAGGGGAGAUUUGAUUGAACGGGAAGAAUAGACACACUCCCUGAAAAGCUCAAGUAUCAGAAGUCAAUCCAGCAAUGGCCAGAGAGGGAUUUCUCGGGCCAUCGCUUCAGGAAUAUGUAAUAGUUUAUCAGUGGUAAUUAGAAUUCAUGUUCACCCGAAGCAUCACAAGUUAACACCUUGUUACAGUGCAAUAAGGGCAAGAUUGUGUUGUAUGAUAGAGACUAGUAAUGUCUAUACUAUGUAUUUAUUGUGUGUCAACGUGUUACUGUAUGAUAAUAACCUGUCAUGUCUGAAUAUUUAUUUGUAAUGCUUUGAAAAAUGAACUGAAAAUAUAGUUCACUACAUUUUAACAGAACACAAUUUUUAUGGGAAACGAUAUCGAAAUGUUGUUUUUACAGAAUAAAACCAGUGAUUGUUUCCUAUAACAAUUGUGUCCUUAUAGAAUAAACUAGUGAUCGAUUCCCAUAAAAAUUAUGUUCUGUUAAUGUGUUUCUGAAUCGCUAAAUUAUGCCACUUAAAAGAUUAUGUACAUGUAUAUUCACUGCAUUUGAUUUCAAAUAAAUAUAAUUGGUUAAUCAAUCCCAAUAGUUUGUCUAUAAGCAUGGUAUUGGUAUACAUGUAAAAUGUAACAGGGAAAUUAUUAUUCAGCAGGACUGUAAAACAAAAUAAAAUAUAUACUUUUUUUAUAUAUAUAUAUUAAAUAAAUUAUCAUAAAAGGAAAAGAUUAUUUGAAGGCCAUUGUUUGGUUUGCCAUUUGUCACGUUGAGAUUAAGAUUAAUGCAUAAAAAUACUAUCUAACAGUAAUUGUCUUUUAAUCUAACGAUUGAACGAAUUAGUACAACUCUUUGAUUACAGUCUACAUACAUGUAUACAUGUACAUGUUUUCAGAAAUCCACGUAUCUUGUUUAAACAUACAUGAUGCAAGAGCUAAAUCUGGCUAUUGCAGGUCUUUCUUUAGACCUGAAAUGUUUGGUAAAUUAUUAAUUAGACAUUAAUUAACUGAUCCAGACCAUAAUCAACUCUCGAUGUUAUCGCUAGCCUGCCAUAUUUACUGGAUUAGGAUCAGAUUUGCUGCUCUAUGCUCAUUCAUGAUUAACUCAAGAAAUGGAUAAUCGAGACUAUGUAUUUUAUCUUACCGACUUUAGAAAUCAUGAUCGAGGCUAGGCCCAAAAUUCAAUUCUCUGUUCAAAGUGGAUCAAUUUGACUGAAAUUUUCAGCAAAUUAUCUAGUUUUUAACUAUUAUAGUGAGAACUGCCAGCUCUUUGUCUAAUCUCCCAUAAUGUAUCUUUAACUUUU